UGUCCUCAGCUGCUCGAGCCUUAUCUGUCAUUCUCUGCCAUCAAACAGGCAGUGAGAGAGUGUAUGAAUCUGUCUGCUCCAGGACCUCAUGUGUUCAUCCUCGUACUGCAGUAUAAUGACUUCAAUGAGUUGAAUGGACACAAAGUGAAAUAUGUGCUGAAAGAAUUCAGUGGAGAGGCAAUUAAACGCACUAUAGUGAUCACGACUGACGAAGAAACAUACAGAUCAAUGUUGAGUUCUAUGAUCAAGAAUAAAGCAAUCCAUCAGUUAAUAAAGGAGUGUGGAGGAGGACAUCUACAGUUUGAUGAAAGAAAAACAGAAUUGCAAUCUAAGAUAUUCAGAAGGAUUGAUAAGAUACACAAGGAAGGUCAGGAAAGAAAUCUCACACGUGAGAUGUAUGCUGGCAUUAAAGGAAGAUCAGUGGUUGAAAAGCAGAUCAGAUCCUGUGUUUCCAUCAGAUCAGAGGAAGAAAAAAAGGAGCGAUCUCAAAAAGAUGAUGGAAAACCCAAAAAGGGAAAUAAAGACAGAAGUAAUGAAGCAUCAGCAAAUGUAUCUAGAAAAGAGAAGUUGAACCUGGUGCUGUGUGGAAGUGAUACAACACUUACAGUCUCUGUGUCCCAGAUUUUACAAGGCAGAAAGAUAAAGUCUUCACAUCAGAGUGUAUGUACUGCAGACGUGGAGCUUCAUGGUCGUCUGAUCAGUCUGGUGGAGCUUCCAGCUCUCAGUCGGCUCUCAGAGGAGGAAGUGAGGCAUCAGACUCUCCGCUGUGUGUCUCUCUGUGAUCCAGGAGUUCAUGCUUUCAUCAUCAUUAUUCCUGUUGCUCCACUUAACAAUGAAGACAAAGCAGAAAUAGAGAAGAUCCAGAAGAUAUUUGACUCCAGAGAACAUUUUAUGGUGCUUUUUACUUCUUCAGCGACAGUUGAAGAACCUGUGAUAAAUUUCGCUAAAUCUAUCUUUGAUUCUCUGAGCCUCUGUGGGGGUCGAUAUAGAUUGAUGGGUUUAAAUGAACCUGAAAAAUCAAGACAGAUCCCAGAUCUGCUGGAAGAUGUAGAGAACAUGAAGACUGAACCAUAUUCACUUCAGAUGUAUGUGAAAGCUCAAGAGAACAGAAUCAGAUAUGAAACAGAGCAGAAAUAUGAAGAAAAACUGAAGAGAACCAAGAAUAAAAUUAAAGAGUUACAGCUGAAGAUUCCUUCUGAAGGUGCUGAAGCUGAAGCUGAAGCAGAUAAUCAGGAGUGUCUGAGGAUUGUGUUGAUCGGGAGGACAGGAAGUGGAAAGAGUGCAACAGGAAACACUAUUCUGGGAAGAGAUGAGUUUCACAGUCAAUUAAGUGCAGAUUCAGUGACAACAAUGUGUGAAAAGAGGAUUGGUGAGAUUGAUGGUAAAUCAGUAGCUGUUGUUGAUACUCUAGGUCUCUUUGACACGACAAUGGAAAAUGAAUUAGCAGCAGAUGAAAUAAUGAAAUGUGUUUCAAUGUUGUCACCUGGACCUCAUGUGUUUGUCAAUGUGUUGAGUUUGGGACGAUUUACCAAAGAAGAAACAGACACUAUAGAUCUGAUAAAGAAGAUCUUUGGUCAUAAAGCUGCUCAGUUUAGCAUCGUUCUGUUCACUAGAGGAGAUGAACUUCAGAAUGAGUCCAUACAAGAUUAUGUAAAGAGAAGUAAAUCAGCAGAACUGAAGAAACUGAUCGGAGAUUGUGGAAACAGAUUCCUGGUUUUCAAUAACAAAGAAAAACAAGACAAAACUCAAGUGAUUCAACUGUUAGACAUGAUAGAGGAGGUGAAAAAUAGUAAUGAGGGUCGUUACUUCACUAACAGCAUGUUUGAGGAGGCAGAGAUGUCCAUUAAAAAGAGAACAGAGGAAAUAAUGAAAGAGAGAGAAAAAGAAAUUCAGAGUCAGAAAGAAGAGUUGCAAGCCAAAUAUGAGAUGGACAUGAAAAACAUGAUGAGGAGACUCGAGGAAGAGAAACAGAAAGCAGAUGAGGAGAAAAUUAAAAUAGAGAAUAGAUUUAGAGAAAAUGAGGAAAAACUCAGAAAAGAGUUUGAAGAAAAAGAGAAAACAGAACAGAAGAAACAAGAGACUGAAAACCAGAAACGAUUAGAAGAAGAAAAAGAGCAGAGGGCUGAAUAUGAUCAAAAAAUGGAAGAAAUGAGGAGAGAGAUUGAAAUUCAGAGAUCACAUUAUGAAAAACAGCAAAAAGCAAGAGAAGAAGAAGACAGAAAGAGAGAAGAGAAAUACAGACAAGAUCAAGAAAGAAUGAAACAUGAACAAGAACGUAUUAUAUCAGAGAUACAGAUGAAACAAGAAAAAGAAAUAAAAAAGAGAGAUUUGGAGGAGAAACGGAGGAACGAAGAAGAAGAUAAAGAGAGACAAGACUGGAGGAGAAAAAUAAAAGAGGCUGAACAUGAAAACAAAGAGGAAAUUAAACGACAGCAGAAAGAAUGGGAGGAUGAAAAGAAACGACAGAUGAGAGAACGAGAGGAAGAAGAAAGAAAGAGAAAAGAGAAACAUGAGGAACAACUUAGAGAAAAACAAGAAGAACAGGAGAAAAUGAGAGAGAGAUUUGAAAGAGAGAAAGAAGAAGAAAGACAGAAGAUUGAGAAGGAGAGACAGAAACAGAGAAGAGAAAGAGAAGAAAAAGAAAGAGAAUAUGAAGGAAAGAAACUGGAAACAAAAAAAUUUUAUGAUCAGCUGGAGCAAAAGAGAAAAGAGGAGUGGGAGAAAAGAAAACAAAAAGAUGAUGAGAGACGAGAAGAAGAGAGAAAGAGAUGGAAGAAAAUGAUUGAAGAUCUGAAACAAGAGCAAGAAGAAGAGAUGAAGAAAAGAGAAGAAGAGACAGAAAAAAGAGAAGAGAAAGAACGAGAUGAAAUGAAAAAGAAACAUGAAGAGGAAAUAAAGGAGAUGAAGAAGAAACAUGAAGAUGAAGCCAGAAAACAAGCAGAAGAAUUUAAUGAUUUCAGAGAGAAAAAAGAGCAGCAGGUUCAGGAGCUCCAACAGAUGCUGGAAGAAUAUCAGAGACAACAGAAAUUACUGGAAAAACUCUAUGAACACCUGAAAGAUCAGACAAAAAAAGAUUUUCAAAAGCUGCAACAGCAGAGACAAGAAGAAAUAAAAGAGCUAAUAAAAGAGGUUGAAAAAUGUCAAAAGAAACCAAUAUGUGUCAUUGUAUAAUAUUUCUAAAAAUCUAAAUGGAGUUCAAGUGCGUAGCACUGAAACCCUAUUGUAAUUGUAAGGAUUAUUAUUUUAAUAAUAAUAAUAAUAAUACUUUUAGCCCAAAUCCAUCCCAAACUGUAAGUUCUAGAGAAACUAGGCCAGAUGGUAGAGUUCAAUUUGGGGAGAGACUGGCAAAGACUCAACCCAAUCGGCCAAUAGGGGGUACCACAGCAAUUGAAACUGUAAAAAGUGUUCAUAACUUGAAGACCGUUUGUGGUAGACUCAAGUGUCUUAUAUAUUUGGAAUCUUUGGCUCAAAACAAAAGAAAUCCAGUUUCAUUUUAGAUAGCAACUUUUUCUGCCAUUCUGAAUUUUGUCCAAAACCUACUUUUGCAAACCAGUCCUAGUUUUUUUUUUUUUUUUUUUUUUUUUUUUUUUUUGCCCGAUUGAAACCUGAAAAGUGCAGAAAGAUUCCCUGGACAGUGAAUAUUUUGGGUUAACUGAAUUACAUAAUCUUGCAACAUUGACUGUUGUAGCCAAUCACAGGCAUUUCUGUUGAAAAGAUAACUAAUCCAAAGUGUUAAAGUACUGGUUGUCAGAAUCUGCUCAUCUCUCAAAAUGCUGAAUAAGCUUGUUUAGCAUUAGUUUUUUAGUUGUUUGUAAAAAUCAAAGCGGAGACAUGAUGUAAAUAAAAGAUGUACUCUGAAGUUUAGUCAGAUUCAUUGGAUAAAUGUGUUUUCAUACUCAAUUAAUUUGCACUGAACUGACAGCAGUGAUAAUAAAGAAAGCACUAUUUA